CGGGGGGGGGGAGCGCGGAGUCAGCUGGCAGGAAUUUCAUCAGAAUGCCCAGACACACAGGUCUAACCCUUGGCGUUGCCUCUCUGGUGGGUACUACAGUAGGAUGUCUCGUUCUCUGGAAGCUUCUCAAUCGCCGAAGAAGACAGUGUUGUGUUAGUGGAGAUGUCAACAAUUCGUGUGCUGUUCUGAGCCCUGAGACCAUCGGCUCAGAUAAUGAUCUUCAGACGCCUUCAGAGGUAGUGGUCUCCAGCUCUUGUGCAGUAGAGAAGAUCCUACAUGCAGAGGUCAAGAUAAUAUCCAAGGCUGAAGAAUGGGAAGCUGUUUGGCCAGUGCUAAAGAAAGAUCUUGAUGUGUUCCCGGUACUUGGCAUGGACUGUGAGUGGGUGUCUGUAGAUGGGAGAGCAAAUCCCAUCUCCCUUCUACAGAUGGCUUCCCACAGUGGCUUUUGUGUCCUGGUUCGCUUGCCCCGACUGGUCAAUGCAGGCAGUACCAUUCCAAAGACUCUCCUCACGCUCCUGGCAGACAGCGAUGUGUUGAAGGUUGGAGUAGGAUGUAGGGAAGAUGCGUCCAAACUGAUGAGUGAUUAUGGCCUGUCGGUGAAAGGAAUUGUUGACAUCCGCUACCUGGCAAUGAGACAGAGGAGAGACAUCUUCCAGAACAGCCUGAGCCUUAAAUCUCUGUCUGAGACUAUUUUAUGUUACCCUCUGGACAAGUCUUUUCAACUUCGAUGCAGUAACUGGGAGGCAGAUGAGUUCACACAGGAUCAGGUUUUUUAUGCUGCCAGAGAUGCCCAGGUUUCAGUUGCCGUAUUCCUGCAGCUGCUUGGCUUUUUUUCCAUAAAUUCUUCCCCCAUUUGGGCUUCCUUUCUGGGUAAAUGCCAAGGUCUCAUUGAUGUCCCAUUUAAAGGGAAAGGUAUCGCCAAUGGAGAUGUUAAUGGAGCAUCAAGGCAGAAGAAAGAAGGCAUGGGUGAACAAUCUAGUCAGAACACCCAAGGAAGAGAUCCUCAAAGAAAUCGGAAAAAGCCCCUGGGAGUGGGGUACUCAGUGAGGAAAUCCCCAUUGUACGAUAACUGUUUUCUGCAUGCUCCAGAUGGACAGCCUCUUUGUACCUGUGACAGGAAAAAAGCCCAGUGGUAUCUAGAUAAAGGCAUUGGUGAUUUGAUAAGCAGUGAGCCGUUUGUAGUGAAGCUGCGCUUUGAGCCUUCUGGUCGCCCUGAAACGAAUGCAGACUAUUAUCUGACGGUGAAAAAGAAUAUUUGUGUUGUAUGUGGCAAAAGGGAGUCUUAUAUCCGGAAGAACAUUGUGCCUCAUGAGUACAGGCGUCACUUCCCAAUUCAGAUGAAGGAUCACAACUCUCAUGAUGUGUUACUUCUCUGCACAUCCUGCCAUGCAGUUUCCAGCUACUAUGACAACAAUUUGAAACAACAACUAGCAGUGGAGUUUUGUGCUCCUAUUGGUUGUGAGGAAGGGGUGCGCAUGCUGGAAGAUGCCACAAGAAGGCAAGUGCGUUCAGCGGCGAGAGCCCUGCUCAAUGCUUCAAGACUGCCAGAACAACGCAAAGAGGAGCUCUUGGCGGAGAUCAAAGGAUUUUAUUGUAUAGAGACGGUCACUGAAGAAACUCUCAAAGAAGCUGCAAAUUUGGAGACCAGGAUAUUUAAUGAAACGUAUACCCCACAUGGAUUAAAAGUGGUGCAGUGCUUUGCAAGAGAAGGACUGAAAUCUUUAAUGGAGCUUGAGAAACGCUGGCGCCACCACUUCUUGGACACUAUGCAGCCCAAAUUUCUCCCCCAGCAGUGGUCGGUUGAUCAUAACCACCACAAACUUAUCAAGAAGUAUGGUGAAGAUUUACCCAUCAAGCUGGGCUAGGACUUGAAUUAAAAUGUCCUGACCAUACUGACACUGUUAUCUGAAGGGCUGCUAAGAAUGCUAGAAGUGAACUUUUACUAGAACCGUUUACACUAGCUGCUGGCAAUCAUUGGUGCUGUAA